UGUCUUUUUGAUUUGAUUUGAGAGAUUGGGAUUUUUCGAUGAAAUUGCAGUAGGUAUCUAUUUGCAAUUUAUUUCAUGAUAACAACGUGAUAUUUAGAUAGGUAUUAGUAAAAUGUGCUGCGCAUAACAGAGUUAAUUUAAUUAUUCCCAAAAAUUAGUAAAUAACAGUUGGUUAAACCAUGCAAGUCACCGGCUGUAGAAUAUUUUUCGUAUGUUUGGCUUGCGUCUUUGUAACUUCAGCUACAAAUAAUCCGACCAAAAGGGAUGAAAGGAAAUCAAAGUCAGUAACCUCAUUUGUAAGUGCUAAAUGGGAGGCAACUCCUAUUGUGCUGGAGUUAGCAGAAUAUCUUGCGGACGAAAAUCCUGAUUUAUUCUGGUCAUUUGUUGAUGGAAUAAACUCAUUAACAACUAGCUUGGAAAGUCUGGAAAAUGAUAAGCAAAUAUAUGAUGCUAUCAUCGGAGUGGCUAGCACGCUAUUGGCUCCUGCACAAUUGCGAAUGGCAAAGCUUGCAUUGUCUAUGCAUAUGACAUCACCUACAGUGCACAUGUUUGAUCAAAUUGCAACAAGGGACGGAGCAAAGGAUGCCUCCUGCGAUGUAUUUGUUUCUAUAGCCAAAAGGAAAGUAUGUGAUAAUGAUGUCUUGAGAGAUAUCCUCAAAGAAUAUGAUCAGUAUAAUCCAGAUAUAAACAAGCAAGAGACAUAUCUUUUAGAUCACUCUUAUCCCAGCAGUGAUAACAGAAGUCUAUCAGCCAUACUAUAUGGAGAACUCGGCUUUAAAGAAUUUGCUACCAAACAUAAGAUAUUGGCAGCUUAUGCUGACAGAGGGGCUAUCAACUAUGUUGUACGAUGGAAUGUCAAGCCUAGAGCCAAGCCGAAGUUACGUUUGUCUGGUUACGGAGUAGAAUUGCAGUUGAAGAGCACAGAGUACAAGAGCCAAGAUGAUUCAACUCCCAAAGAGUCUGAGGGUGGCGAGGUACCAACCCCAUCUGAGGAAGAAGAUGAAAAUGAUCCACAAAACCAAAUAGAUGGCUUUAAUUUUGCUAGACUUAAGAACAUAUUCCCAGCCCUGCGUACUCCGCUGGAGCGGUUCCGGCGGCACCUGUCGGAGUCGAGCGAGGAGCUGGCGCCGCUGAAGGUGUGGCAGAUGCAAGCGCUGAGCAUGCAAGCCGCGGUGGCCGUGGCCGAUGCACACGACGCUGGCGGGGACGAAGCUUUGAAAGUGCUUACGUCUAUUGCUCAGAAUUUUCCUAUGCAGACAAAGUCACUGAUCCACAUCAACGUACCACGGUCUUUCCGUGAAGAAGUCCUUUAUAACCAGGACGUGUGGGCGUCAGCACUGGGACUCCGGCCCGCGGAGCCCCUGCUGCUGGUGUCGGGCGCGCAGUAUGACGCCGAAGAAGUCGAUGUAAUGGCGCUGUUAGCCGCACUGCGAGAAGAUAUUGGACCAAUGAAUACUCUGCAUGCGUUAGGUCUUCCGAAGAAACUGAUCAACACUCUAAUGUCGCUGGAACUUGGAGAGUCUUACACUUGGGAGGAGUAUGGGCUGGACAUCCGAGAUUCUGCGAUCACAUGGCUCAACGAUAUCGAAGCUGAUGAGAGGUACCGACGCUGGCCCUCGUCCUACAUGGAGCUACUGCGGCCUACUUACCCUGGCAUGCUGAGGAAUUUGCGCAGGAACAUCUAUAAUUAUGUCAUAGUAGUGGACCCCACAUCGUUCGCAUCAGGUCCCCCUAUACAACUAGGGGAGACGUUGCUACGACACGCGACUCCAGUCCGAGUGGGCUUGGUGCUAGCACCAGGAACUAACGCUCUCAACGCCGCCGUGAGGUCCGCUUUCAACUACGUGGCGCAGGAGAAGAACUCUAAUAAGGAAGCCUUCUAUUUUUUGAGUCAGCUUCUAAACCUGAAAGAAGAGACUCUAACCUUCGACUUGGUGAAGAGUCAGUUGAAGAAGUAUGCAAGUUCGAGCGCCAACAUCGAUGAGAUCGUGGCCGAGGACUCAGAGUACAACUUCGGCCAUCAGCUGGCUGAGGAGUUUGUGUCCAAGAUAGGGGUCAAUAAGUAUCCACAGGUGCUGAUCAAUGGCGUGCCGCUGUGGGAAGAAGGUGCCACGUCAAUGACUUCAGUGGAACUGUUAGAGGAGGCGCUAGUGUCGGCUCUGUCUCGGCACACGGCGCGUUUCCAGCGCGCGGUGUUCAGAGGAGAACUGUCAGACUCUGACGACGCGGUGGACUAUCUCAUGAAGCAACCGCAUGUCAUGCCUAGGUUGAACCGUCGUAUUUUGGGAUCUGAGACAGCACAGCAUUUGGACUUGAAUGGUGUUCCUUCGUCAAGUGAACUGUUUGCUGAAGACAAAAUACACAGACUCAUGCAUUUAAGUGGUCGCGACGCUCUGGCUACUGCGUUGCCAGUGUUGAGAUACUUCACGAAGCCUGGCAAACCAGAUAAGGUCACCCAGACCAUCUGGGUCGCGGGAGAUCUUAACCAUAAACGCUCAAGGGAACUGCUGAGGAAUGCCAUCACUUUUAUGCGAGAAACGGGCGGGGUCCGAGUGGCGUUCAUACCGAACGUGGAAGGCACCGGAGCCGACCAAUCAAUGAACAAAGUGGUGCUGGCUGCGGUCACCACGCUGGAGCCCAGCAAGGCCACGAAGUACGUCGCCCAACUGCUGGAGGACGAGGGCUGCCACGAGAGACAGGACUGCGAUAUCCUGCCAGAACUUGUUCCCGCUUUGAACAAAUACGAGUGGGUGCUAAAAGCGUCUCGCGUGCUAUGCGCUCGCAGCUUCAAGUUGAGAGCGUCGCAACGCGCGGUUGUACACAACGCGAGGAUUGUGGGGCCCUUCGACGAUGAUGAACAGUUCACGCUUGACGAUUUUCUGCUACUAGAGAGGUACAGCAACCAAGUGUAUGGAGACAAAAUAUCGGAGGUAUUAGACAAAAAGAAGACCUCCAAAAAUGAAGUUGUCCAAGACGACGACGAUGAUUCGGAAGAGGAGAUUGGCCCGAUGAAUGUGGAGACGCGGUUGAAGGUGGUCUCAGUGUUGAGCGGGCGCAAGCCUCGCUCGCGUACGGCUAUUCCGCCGGGGUUGCGAACAGAACAUUCUGUGGUCACGUUACCUCCGACCAACGCCAACGAAGCAGCCGUUGAGAUCGUAGCCGUAUUAGAGCCGGCAUCGAUAGCCGCACAGCGCCUAGCGCCUUUAUUGCUUGUGUUGAGGAAAGUCAUCAACUGUCGCAUCAAGCUCUUCCUCAACCCGCAGGAUAAGAACUCAGACAUGCCGCUAAAAAGUUUCUACCGUUAUGUGUUGGAGCCCGAGCUGACGUUCACGCCGUCCGGGGCGAUGAGCGGCGGAGCCCUAGCCCGGUUCUCACGUCUACCGCACGCCCCUCUACUUUCUAUGGAACUUAGAACGCCUCCCAAUUGGCUGGUAGAAUGUGUCAAGUCCGUGUACGACUUAGACAAUAUCAGGCUUGCAGAUGUCGACACCGUUGUGCAUAGCGAAUUCGAAUUAGAGUACUUGCUUCUGGAAGGCCAUGCGUGGGAUACGACUCUGGGCACGCCUCCUAGAGGUCUCCAACUGAUCCUGGGCACACGUGAGAAUCCCGAGCUCAUGGACACUAUAGUGAUGGCCAACCUGGGCUACUUCCAGCUGAAGGCCAACCCGGGCGCCUGGAUACUGCGGCUGAGACCUGGACGAUCAGAUGAAAUUUAUGAGAUUGUUAGUCACGAAAACACGGACACUCCGGCCGGCAGCGAGGACAUCCAGGUGCUGAUGAGCUCGUUCCGCAGCCACGUGAUCAAGCUGCGCGUGCAGAAGAGGCCCGACAAGCAGCACGUGGAACUGCUGGCCGAGGGCGAUGACAACUCGGGCGGGAUUUGGAACUCUAUCGCGAGUUAUUUCAGUUCGUUUGGCGGCGGGGAGGAGCAGGAGGUCCAAGACGAAACCAUCAACGUGUUCUCCGUGGCUUCCGGACACUUGUACGAAAGAUUCCUGAGGAUCAUGAUGCUGUCCGUGCUCAAGAACACCAAGUCGCCCGUCAAGUUUUGGUUCCUGAAGAAUUACCUCAGCCCUUCACUCAAGGACAUCCUCCCGUACAUGGCCCAGGAGUACGGGUUCGAAUACGAGCUGGUUCAGUACCAGUGGCCGCGGUGGCUGCAACGACAACGCGACCGCCAGCGCACCAUCUGGGGGUACAAGAUUCUGUUCCUCGAUGUUCUCUUUCCGCUGCACGUCAAGAAGAUCAUAUUCGUCGAUGCUGAUCAGAUUGUUCGAGCAGACUUGAAAGAGUUGGUCGAAUUGGACUUGGGCGGAGCUCCUUACGGUUACACCCCGUUCUGUGAUAGUAGAAAAGAGAUGGAGGGAUUCCGGUUUUGGAAACAAGGUUACUGGCGUAACCAUUUGCAAGGGCGUAGCUACCACAUCAGUGCUCUGUACGUGGUGGAUCUCAAGCGGUUCCGACGGAUCGCUGCAGGAGACAGGUUGAGGGGACAGUACCAAGCGCUCAGCCAGGACCCCAACAGUCUCUCUAACUUGGACCAAGACUUACCGAAUAACAUGAUCCACCAAGUGGCGAUUAAGUCGCUGCCACAGGAGUGGCUCUGGUGCGAGACCUGGUGUGAUGAGAAUUCCAAGAAAUACGCCAAGACUAUUGAUUUGUGCAACAACCCAAUGACAAAAGAAGCCAAGUUAUCAGCCGCCAUGCGAAUCGUGCCCGAAUGGAAGACAUACGACGAGGAGAUCCGCGCGCUGCAGGCCAGGGUUCGGCGGGGACUGUAUCACACCACUGAUGCUGAACAGGAAAUCGACAGUGCCCACCAUGACGAUAUUCCACAUGAAAGCAAAAUAGAAAAAGAUCAUGAUCAACACACGGAGUUAUGAUCAACUAAAAGGAUAACACAUUUUAGUUGACUUUUUGUUAGGCUUUAUUACAAUUAAAGUGACAGCCAAAAAUGUGCUACCAGUGAGUAUGUGUAGGUGCUCAAUUCUUAAAGGAGGGAUAAGUUGAAUGAGUUGUUUAAUAUUAAGAAAAAAUGGUGCGUGUGCCAUCUUUUUUCAUAUGCUGUGAAAUUAAAGGUUGUUCUGUAUGUGAGUAUGGACGAAGAAGAUAUAACACCGAAUACUUCUUGUUAUUUACUUUGCCUCUAUGAUUGUAUACUUUUUCCUACCAAUGGCUAAUUAGUGCAAUUUUCUGGAUAAUUAAAUGAUGAAUAUGUUAAAGUGAUAUUAUGUUUUAAAAUAAUAUGAGGGAUGUACUGUAUUUCGUUUUUUUUAUAAAUCAAUUUUUAUAAUGUUCAUUGAAUCAAAUCUUCAUUUUUCUUUUGUGAUAAUUUUCCUUAUUGUAUGAUUCCAUUAUACAUACUUAGAUUAAGGAUAAUUGUCCCAGAUCUCAUUUAGGGUCUCCACAGUUUGCUUUAAUAAUAUUGUAUCCAGUUAAGGCAGUUUGAUUUAUAUGUUAGCUAACGAAACACUAAAAUUCUAUAAGAAUUACUUAGAUGAUUUGUUAUAUAUUUUUCUCUGAAAUCUAACUGAUUAUUAAUAAGCGCUAGAUUGUCACCCAACAAAUCACUAAUGGUGCAUUUCUGUAAAUAUAACAUCUUCACACGUAA